AUGGAUCACAGUAGUAUGCCUGGCAUGGCCCCACCCCCAAUGGACCACAGUGGCAUGUCCGGAAUGUCCAUGGAGCCGAUGUCCCGUCCUAAACCGGAACAUAGUGGCAUGGGAAUGAUGAUGAAUACGUUUUUCGUGGCCGGCACACCCACUAUGCCCCUGUGGUUUGACGGCUGGACGCCGUCCACCGGCGGGGCAACCUUUGGAGCCUGUUUCGGGCUGUUCGUGCUGACGGUGGCCGUCAAGCUGCUGGGCGCCCUUCGCCACCAAGCUCAUCUGGCGUGGUCGAUGUCCAAAUGGCACGACAGCGGGCUCACCACUCACAACACGAUCGACAAGCCCAGCAACAACCCGACAGCUCAAGCCAGCUCCUUCCGACCCACUCGACCCGCUGUCCCCUGGAGCGCCCAACGUGAUGUCCCCCGCGGUAUCCUUGCUGCUCUCCACGUCGGUCUCGAGUACUUUCUGAUGUUGGCCGUCAUGACUUACAACGUCUACUUCUUCGUCGCCAUCGUUCUUGGCCAUUUCGUUGGCGAAGUGGCCUUCGGAAGAUGGAGCACCGUCCAGGGAGCUCAUUGCUAA